AUGAAGCUCUCAUUCGUGUUUGCAGUGGCCGUUGCGACUGUGGUCAAUGCGGCACCUCACUACACCUUCCCCAAGCUGGCGGGCACACAGGACUGGCAGGUCGUGCGCACUACAGCAAAUCAUUACAGCAACGGGCCCGUAACAGAUGUCCGCUCGGAGGCUAUCCGCUGCUAUCAGCUCGCUCCCGGAGGUGGUGGUGUCACGCAGACAUUUAAAGCAAACGCUGGGGGCUCCAUAACUUGGAGUGCCAACCCAAACAUCUAUCAUCCUGGGGCGCUCUCGGCGUACAUGGCCAAAGUACCCGCAGGGCAGACAGCUGCUUCAUGGAAUGGCGCUGGGGCAGUAUGGUUCAAAGUGUACCAGGAUUAUCCCUCAGUCUCUAACUCUGGAAUGACUUGGCCCUCCAUGAACAAGGCCAGUGUGAGCUUCCAGAUACCCGCAUGCAUUGAGAGUGGCGAGUACCUGUUCCGCAUUGAGCAUGUGGCGCUGCACUCGGCUUCCACUGCAGGUGGUGCUCAAUUUUACAUAUCAUGUGCCCAACUGAGCGUCACAGGAGGAAGCGGGUCAAAGACACCCACUGACCUGGUCUCAUUUCCUGGAGCCUACAAAGCGACUGAUCCGGGAAUCAUGAUCAACAUAUACAACGGCUUCCCUAGGCAGUACACUCCUGCUGGGCCCCCUGUCUUCAAGUGUUGA